AGAGAGGCUUGUCCGUGCGCCACGGUUCGAUGCCGUCCGCAUGCUCCGGUUCCGCUGCUCCGGUUCCGCUGCUGCUCCGGUGCCGCUGCUCCGGGGCCGCUGUGGUUAGUCCUAGCACGACCAAACUCGACCCGCUCCGUUCGUACACGCUCUCGUUGAUGUCCUUCCCAGUCGGUAUUCCUCGCUUUAUCCCUCGAAGCACUUAG